UUGAGUUACAAUCGUUUGCGAGAAAAGUACAACAUGACUGGUCGUGGAAAGGGAGGAAAAGGAUUGGGAAAAGGAGGAGCAAAGCGUCAUAGGAAAGUUCUUCGUGAUAACAUUCAGGGUAUCACGAAGCCGGCCAUUCGUCGUCUGGCCCGUCGUGGUGGAGUCAAACGUAUUUCUGGCUUGAUCUAUGAAGAAACGCGAGGCGUUUUGAAGGUAUUCUUGGAAAACGUUAUCCGAGACGCUGUGACUUACACUGAGCACGCUAAGAGGAAAACUGUUACGGCUAUGGACGUCGUCUAUGCCUUGAAACGCCAAGGAAGAACCCUUUACGGUUUUGGCGGUUAAAUUGUUAUUCUACACUUCUGUUCGACAAAAACGGCCCUUUUCAGGGCCACCAAAUUUUUCUUACGUAUGAACACUGCGUUUGUUAUUUUUCAACAGUCAAUUUUGGCAUUUUCAUACCUUGUAUCACUACUAUGGUAUAUUUCUUUUUAUGUAUUAAGUGACUCCGUAUAAAAAAGAAAAAUAUUCUGCAUUGAAAAUUUAAAUUGAUACAUAAUGUUACU